AUGGCGUCGCACACCAGUUCUCUGACUCAGGUUCCCGUGCAUGAUGAAAUGUCGGUGGCGGCCCCCGGAGCUGAGGAUAACAGCAAAUCUGCUAUGUCUCAAGACUCGAAAGAGGAGGCAAUCAAGAACCUGGAGGAUAAUUGGGACGAUGACGAGCGGAAUCCACGAAACUGGUCCACGAGCAAGAAAUGGUCGUCAGCCGCGGUGGUGCGCAACCAUACAUUACCUCUUCCGACGCGUCUCACGCAUGAAAAGGUCUCAUUCUACACGUUUGUCAGCCCAUUGUCCUCCAGUAUCAUGGCACCCGGCCUCCCCCAGAUUGGGAUUCGAUAUCACAUAACGAACGAGACCAUGUUGUCCAUGACGCUCUCUAUCUUCUUGAUCACCUUUUCCUUGGGGGCUUUGUUCCUUGCCCCCCUUUCGCUUCUAAAUAUCAUGAACGUACUGUCCAUUGGGUUCAGUCUGGGGUGUGCCUUCGCGCCGAACCUGGCGAGCUUGCUUGUGUUCCGAUUGCUCCUUGGCCUCUCGGGAAGUGCACCAGUAGCCUUCGGAGGUGGUGUCAUCAGCGACCUCUUCUCUGAACGCGAUAGAACGGCUGCCAUGGCAAUAUACAGUUUGGGGCCACUCAUUGGUCCUGUGGUGGGACCGAUCGCUGGGGGAUUCAUCACGGAGACAAUCGGAGUCAAAUACGUAUUUGUUCUGGUGGGGGGGCUUCAAGCUUUCGGCGCAAUUGCAGGGAUUCCUAUCUUUCGAGAAACGUACUCGCCCUAUAUCCGUUCGAAGUUGGCACGGCAGUCUUCCGACCCUGAGAAGGCGGCUACGGCAAACACGGGACUUGCUCAGGAACGUACAACAUUCAUGCACUCCCUGUGGAUCAAUAUCUCUCGGCCAGCAAUUCUGCUCUUUGGCAGCACGAUCUGUUUCUUGCUCAGUCUUUACAUUGCCUUGUGGGUCUUUCUAUUCUAUUCGGGGUUUUCUCUGAGCAUUUUUGCAGCAUAUUACUUGAUGUUUACUGUCUUCAGCAAACUCUUCACUGACACCUACAGUUUCAAUGCGGGCACAAAUGGAUUAGCUUACAUUGGCCUUGGUGUUGGCUUUCUUUUUGCAUCUCUGUUCAGUGCUCAGUGGGGGAAAGAUAUCUAUGUUAAGCUUUCAGAGAAGAAUGGUGGAAUAGGGGAGCCAGAGAUGCGGAUCCCUCCACUGAUCAUUGGCUCCUUCUUUGUCCCCAUUGGUUUGUUGAGCCUGCAGAUGGUAUGGUUGGUCAGCACAAGCAAGGAUCCACUGGAUUAUGCCCAUCAUUGGUUCUGGUCAGAAUAUUUGGAUUUGGUGUGUGAACACCUUGGUCUUCAGAAAGUGUUGUUGACAAACUGUGGCACUGAUUUUUCCUCUUUUUUUUCAUCCAGUCUUUCCACCCAAUUGUACCUGGUGGACACAUUUCAAUUUGCUGCUAGUGCUCUUUCUGCAUCCUCAAUCUUCCGGUCCCUCUUUGGGUUUAUUUUCCCCUUGUUUGGCCAGCAGAUGUACAAUGCAUUGGGCCAAGGAGGUGGAAAUUCCCUUCUAGCAGGGUUGUCCAUUGUGCUUGGAAUUCCUUUCCCUCUUUACCUCUGGUUUCAUGGGAAGCAGAUGCGAGAACAAAGCAAGCUGACUAGGUGAUAUAAACAUUCUUUAAAGAU